AUGUCAUUAUUAUCAACAGCACAAUUAAUUCUUAAUGCUUCUCAACAUUAUACAAUUUAUGCUAGUUUUAUUAUUUUAUUUUCUGGUGUUUUUGGACAUAUUGCUAACAUCUUUGUAUUUACUCGUCAUACAAUUUUUCGAGGAAAUCCAUCUGCUUUUUAUCUCAUUGCAGAAUCAAUUCUUGAUUUACUUGAAUUGACGAUUGUAGAUACAGCUAAUAUUGCAAUUCAUGGAUUUGGUAAUGAUUUAACACAAACAUCAUUACUUUGGUGUAAAUUAAGAGCAUUCUUGACACAAUCUCUAACUGUUAUUUCACUUAAUAUUGUUUGCUUUGCUGCUAUCGAUCAAUAUUUAUCAACAAGUUAUCAUCCAUAUUUAAGACAAAAAAGUACAAUAAAAGGAGCGAAAAUUUUUACUACUAUUGCAACUAUAUUUUGGAUUUUACAUAAUACAUUAGCUUUGUUCUUACUUGAAAUUCAAUCAAAAUAUGGAUGUAAUAUAUAUAAUCAGAAAUUUAGACAUUAUGUCACAUAUUUCUAUUAUCUCAUACUCAUUGGAAUUUUACCGAUUACUAUUUCGACAUUUUUCAGUAUACUAGCUUAUCGAAAUGUUCGUCGUAUUGUACAACGUCAAAUGCCAAUACGUCGACGAAAACUUGAUCAACAAUUGACAGCAAUGAUUCUUGUUCGAGUUGGAUUUUUAGUCGUUAUGAUAUUACCAUAUCUUGUACAACGAAUUUAUACACUUAGUACAUUAACAAACACUGACAGUAUGAUUUCUCACGUCAUUCUACAACUUUUUACAGCUAUAACUAUUUCAUUGUUUGAUCUUAAUUAUGCAGGUUCUUUCUAUUUAUUUUUAAUAACAUCAACACGAUUCCGACGACAAGUUAAGUGUGUUUUUAUAAAUAAAUGUUGGCGAGUAUAUUGUAGAAAAGAAAUACGUCAAAAUCAAGUUGCAACAUUGGUACAAUGUACCACUAGUGAAUUUGAUUUACAACAAAUUCAAUAA